AUGACCACCCUCCUGCCGACGUCUCAAUCCACCGGGGUUGAGGCGUACGAGGACAUGUUCAAGGAGAUCACACGGAAGCUGUACGGCGAGGAGUCGGCCCACGGACUCUACCCGCACAACACGCAGGUGGCCCAGCUGGCGCAGCUGGCCCCCGGUGGCCCCAUCGCGCCGCCCGAGGGUGGCGAACGGUCCUUCACGACCCUGACGCAGAUCGGGUACGGAACGACAACGACCGUCGGUGGCGGCGGCGGUGGUGGCGGCGGUGGAAGCAGCGGGUCAGCAGGCGUAGGACACCAACACACGGCUGGCGGUGGUGGAGGCAGCUCGCAGCAUCAGCACCACCACCACGCGCCCGCCGGUGCGGGAUUCAAGAGCGAAGAACACAUUUCGAACGCGUUCGGGUUGGCCGCCCUCAUGCAGGGUGGCUUUCCGGCCCCCGGCACCAUCCUGAACCCGGUACACUUUCCCGGUGCCAGCAAGACGCCGUCAAAUAUAUCGACCCCAUCGGGCGAAGAUCGCUGGAAUGCGCAGCACGUCGCACAGCACACGGCGGCGGAUGACGCGUGGAGCGGUGCCAAACCUUCCGCUUCGUCCGGGGCGCAGUAUCGCAAGUCGCACAAGAAAGCCAAAAGCGACCGUUCCGACGGGGCGGCCAAUGGUGCCGUGUCCGGACUCAACAUUCCCAGUACUGCCGAUCGUGGCAAGGGGAGUACGGCGGCGGCGGCGGCGGCGGCGGCGGGUGGCGGUGCGGUCAUCACGAAGCGGUACGGGUGCGCGACCUGCCCGUACACGACGGAUCGGCGCGAUUUGUUCACGCGCCACGAGAACAUCCACAAGGAGGACAAACCGUUCCAGUGUUACGCCUGCCUCAAGCCGUUCAAUCGGGCCGAUCACGUGAAGAAACACUUUCUGCGGAUGCACCGCGAGCUCGAGUACGAUAUCGCCAAAACGCGCCGCUAUCCGCCCAGUAGUAGCGGCGGUGGCAGCACUGGCGGAGGGGGUGCCAGUGGCGCUAACCUUGGAGGGUCUUCCGGAUCCAAGGGUGGCUACUACGCUGCGACGUCGACGGCGAGUCAAGCUGGUGGCACCGGGGGCCCCGCAUCCACGGGCGCUGCUUCGCUCGCACAAAUGUCUCUCAACAUACCCUCCAGUAGCUUCUCGGCCAGUGGUCAGAUGCUUGCGAUUCCGGCCCACUCGCUCGAUCACCACCAGCACUCGGCGUUGGCGCUGAACGGUGGCCACUCCAGCCAGCUGUUGCACCUUCAGCAGCAUCACAAUGUACAAAGUUCGCACCCAUCGUCGAUCAGCAUCAAGCAGGAAAAGGGCGGCGGAUGCCCACCGGUCAACAUGUCGACCGGCGGCAGCUCGGGGGGCGCCCUACCCGACGACAAGUCCUUCGUGAAGAAGGUGAAGGGCGAGAAGAAGUUCACCUGUGCCUUCUGUCCCUGGGCCGGUGCCGACAACUGGGGACUGAAGCGCCAUCUCAACACGCACACGAAACCGUACGUGUGCCUCCUGUGCGACUACAAAGCGGCCCGCUCGGAGCGUCUCGCGACGCACGUCUUCAAGGUACACAACAAGAAGGCCUGUGCCAAGUGUAACUUCUUCGCCGAGGACCAACUGGGGCUCGAGGCUCAUCUACAGGAAGCACAUCCACACGACCCUACGAAGGCCAGCGGUAGCAAGGGGCCUGGUAGCGGGAGCAGUAGUAAUGGUGGCAGCGGGAGUACUGGUAGCCAUAGCGCACCCUCGGCACACCAUCAUCCGCCCUCCGCGAACGGCAAUGCGGUCCUGCGCAAUCUGGGUAAUGCAUUUACGUCGAACAAUCUGCCCACCAACAUUCCGUCCACUGGGAAUGGCUUUGGUAACGGCACAUCGAAUGGCCACUAUCAUGCCACUAACGUCCAUCAUGCGGCCACCGGUAAUGUACUGACGAACAGUAACGCCGCUAACCUAAUCGAUACGAUCAACCAGCAUCUGGCGGCGACCGGGCAACAGCAGCAUCCGGGUUGGAUAGCGAAGCAAACGCACCGUAAACGCGGUCCGGAUCUGCUCUACAGCUAUCUGGAAGCGGACGGGAGUGACUCCGGAGACUAUGCACGCCUUUUACACAUGCAAGCAGUCGGACGUAACAAAGCUUCAGUCACGCAGGAUUUUCAUAACGCGGGAGGCGGAGACAACAACGGUAGGAAGAGCGCAGCACCGGCAGCAAAUCCGCUGGCAUUCGCCGGUGGGGACGCCACCAGCGCUGGCGUGAAAGCGACGGAUCAGGAUAGCGGGCCGGCCAGCCUUUCGCUGGCCUCGCUGCUCGGUGGCGAUCAGCUGUCGUUCCUGCAACUCCUGGCGACGGCGGCCGUCGCGCAGCAGCGUUUGCAGCUACAAUCUGACCAGCAGCAGGUCGCGAAUCAGAAAAAGCAGCACCACCACCAUCAGUCCCAGCCAAAACCAUCGACGACGAGCGCGGAACCCAUCGGCAGCAGCGGUGUCCCCAAUGGAGUCCGCCCGUACGCAACGAUGGUUUCGUCGCCUCCCGCGACAUCUACACAACACAGCACCACCAGCACCACGACCACAAUUCCCAACACCAUCAUUAGCGCGGACAGUACAAAUGGUACCAGCCAGCCGUUAUCGUUCGUGGCCAACGGGCACGCGAUCGACGCUUCGACGCCCAGCGUCAAACGCCGCCGAACGAACAAUGUAUCAUCGAAUGAUAAGGAGAAUCUUAUGUACCGAAAGAACGUGACCGCUCCGCCCGGUGCCGUCGGUGUCAUCGUAAGCAGCACGACCCAAACACCGAACGGCACCACGAUCGUUGCCCUUCCCGCGAGCAACGGGCUGGUGCGCAACGGCGCCAAGAUCGGUCACCACAAUCAUCAUCAUCAUCAUCAUCACAACAACAACAAUAGUAGCACCAACAAUAAGAAUAUAAACGAUAUUUUUGAUAAAGUGUACAAGAAACCGCAAGGCGCAUUCGCGAAGCAGCAGCAACCAACGCCGGCUGCAGCCCACUCGUUGCCGACCAUUUUACGCACUGCACCGCCGUCGGCAGUGGAAGAAGACGGACGGGCACCGGCAAGGUCGGCAUCGUUCGAGGGUAACGCACCACAGUGCUCCCCCAGCGAAGGGGAGCAGUUCUCUUUGGCAGAGUUUCUUAAAAAUCACACCGAAGUGUCGAUUAGCACCGUAGGCGGCACCAUCACCGGGGACAGAGCUGUGGCCGCCAGCAACGGCGAGAAGGCAACCAUCGUCGUAACACCGUCGGCCGGGGAAGCGUAUCCUUUCGACAUGAAACCCCAACCGGGGUCGCCGUCAGCGCUCGUCGAUCACUACGAUAGCAGUUCCUCCUGUGGAUCUGGCACAUCGGGAUUUUCGCAAAAGCGUAAAUCGGAAUCGGAACGUAAUCCACGCAAGCAGCAGCAACCGCGUCGGAUUGAAGAAUCGGAACCGAAACCAGCGCGACCUCUGCUGAAAGUACUGUCCCCGAUGGAGCUGGACAGCAAGCUGGAGGACGAAAAGCUGCAGCACGGGCUGAAGGAGAAGCAGAACGUUUGUGAAGCGACGAUCGUGCAAAAUGGAUUAGAACGUGAAAAGUCGGUGGAGGUCGGCGGAGAGAGAGGCGCCAGCGAAAGUCCCAACAAGCUGGCCGAUAUUCGCGACAAACACUUGAUCCAGCUGGUGACCCGGCGGCGCUGUUGCCGUAUCUGUCAGCGCCGGGGUCAACUGGAGCAUCUCGAUAACGGCCACUAUCACAGCAAAAUUUCACUCUUGCUGCACACUCGCUGGCGGCACCAGGGCAACUGUGAGGGGGCACGACGCAGCACCCAGUGCCACCAGUGUGGCGGGCAGUUUAGUCAGCGCUACAAGCUGAUCUUGCACCAGAAACUAACCGGCCACAAGGGAGGAGGUUGGAGAAAGGGACAAACCAAAAUCAGCCGCACCCAAAAAGCCGAUUUUACACGGUUAAACAACAGACCGAGCUCGGUUGGUCGAAUGAAGGCUUCUUCCACCAACGGUGCCGGAUGCGCUGUUCCGGAAAUGUCCGUGUUCGACAAGAAGUGCUCGACCAGAAAACUUCCAAAGAAGCAACGGAAGCGCAAGCCACGCAGCCGUUGCUUCACGCGGCGCAGAAAGUAG